GCCUUGCUGUUUCCUUUAACCUGUGACCCGCCGGCCGCCCUUGAGCCGGCGCGGCGGGGCCAGGAAGCGGGAGUCCGCGACCCCGAGGCAGAGCGGUCGCAAUGGCCAAGUACCUGGCCCAAAUCAUUGUGAUGGGCGUACAGGUGGUAGGCAGAGCCUUUGCUCGGGCCCUGCGGCAGGAGUUUGCAGCCAGCCGAGCCGCAGCUGAUGCCCGGGGACGAGCUGGGCACCAGUCUGCAGCUGCAUCCAACCUCUCUGGCCUCAGUCUUCAGGAGGCCCAGCAGAUUCUCAACGUCUCCAAACUGAGUCCCGAGGAGGUCCAGAAGAACUAUGAACAUCUAUUUAAGGUGAAUGAUAAAUCCGUGGGCGGCUCCUUCUACCUACAAUCCAAGGUUGUCCGGGCAAAGGAGCGCCUGGAUGAGGAACUCAGAAUCCAGGCCCAAGAGGAGAAAGAGAAAGAGCAGGUGCCCAGAACGUGACUAUGCAGCUCUCCUCUCCCUGCCACCUCUUAACUUAUAGCUUGGUAAUAAAUCUCUUCUGUGUUUCUCCUGUGCAUGUAUCCCAUUUCCAGGAGGCCAGUUGCUCUUCCUGCCUAUUGUAGGGCUCUGCUGGGAACCCGGGGGUGGGGGGGCAACAGCUAACAGCCUCAGGAGCUGGGUUCAGGUGGUGAGAUUGUUGAGCAGUCCCACCAUGUAAGAGCCUGCCUGAGGGGUCACACAGCUGCUCCUGCUCCCAUGGCACCUAGUUCCCCUCCCUCCCUUGCAUCCUGCCAGAUGGAAACCCAUUACCAUCCCACAGGUCUUUUCCUGCCCCACCCUCAGGGUGAAAGCCCCUGGCCCAGGCUUGGAUAUGAUGUUUUUGGUGAGCUGGGCAGAAUGCUCCCGUACAUGACUGAGGGAGAACCUUGGCCAGCCUAUCCCUGGACCAAGGCAUGGCUCACCAGUCAUAGCAGGUUAGGGACCUGAACCUUGUAAUGCUUAGUCCAGAAUCUUCCAUCUCUGCUCCUCAGAACCCAACCCUCACGCUUCUUUCCUUCCAGUUCCCGGCUGGGCUGACCUGCUUUCAGCCUCACAUUGAGGCUGGCACCUAAAGGCUGAAGAGAAACCCCAGAUCAGGGGCUUUAGGUAAUAUAGUUGGGAGACCCCCAAAGCUGAGCACAGAGCCAGACAGUCUAAGGUCAGCCCCGUUCCUAGCAUGUUCAUGACACAGAAACCAUCUUUGCAACUCACUUUUAUUGUUUCUUUAUAAACUUCCUCUCACAUGGAGGAAUAUAUUGUUAUAGUCAUUAGCUUAUCUCUUUUUUAAACUCUAUGCUAACAGCAAUGGAGCCAAGAGGAGGAAAAACAUAAGCUACAAUAGAAAGGCACUUAGAACCUGUUAAAAUACUGAUAUCCUGGAAUGUGCAACAAUAAACCAACAACAACGAAAAGUA